UGUGACGGUGAGACGGCUCUCUGCAGCCCGGAUGGAGGAAGCUCAGUCCGCAUAGCUGACGGUCACACCGCUCGGCCUGGAGGUUAAUAUGACAUUUUUUCACCCAGCGAACUGCCAGAUGCAUUUCAACCGGCGUAAAAAAGCAGCUAUUUAGUAGCGCAAUUUAGAAACAACCGUUCAUUUCGCCGUGCUUUCAUGGCGUCUGGCUCCGGAGAUGAAGAGGGGAACACGGAAGGCGGUUCAUGGAGACUCAUAGGCCCGGUCGAAGGGCUCUCCAAGAAGCGCUGCCGCCUGAUGUACUGCUCCCUUGGCUUCAACUCUGAUGUCUGCCUCUUCUACGUGAAGGGGGAGUUUUUCGCCAUGGAUGCUCGCUGUGCACAUUCCGGCGGUCCUCUGUGUGAGGGGGACAUCGAGGAGGCUGACGGAGUCCUGCAGGUCUUCUGUCCCUGGCACGACUAUGACUUCAACCUCAGGACUGGGAAGUCUGGGACCUCUUUACAGCAACAAGUGUAUGAAGUCAAGCUGGAGGAUGGCAACGUGUACGUGAAACACGCCAAUCGUCUCUCCUUAGAGCCUUUUCCUGCGGAUCAGAAGAGUUGAAAAACCUCAGCCCUUUGUGAGGCCCGUCUAUUUGUAAUACUUGUUCCACAAACCCAAGCCAUCUGAAACAUUCCUGAGCCUUAUCUAUCAUGUUCACAGACGGUUUCUGCUUUGAUUGCUGUGAACUCAGGACAAUAUCAAGAGGAUUGUCUGAAGAGGACAUGACAUCAUGAAACUGAGAUAUACUUUCUGCUGUUCCAGGUAGAGAUUCAUCACAGAUACUGAGCAUGGAGCGCUCUAAGGUCACUGCAGACUUUUAUAAUACACCAGACCGUAGCAGAUAUAACUUCAAAACAGAAAGUUUACUUUUCAUAUGUAAUAUUACAUUUUUACUGCAUAACAACUAUUUUGCCUAUUGACCAGAUUUUGUAGGAUUCUUUAAGAUAAUCAUCUUAUUAUUUCUGAUUUAAAUGAUAUAGAGUAAUAUAGUUUUAAAGCCUAUGUCUUUGCAUUUGAGCUAAAACAUAAAACAUUUUUUAGCAAGCAAUUACUGCCCUGUUUUGCUCCCAAAUGUCCUUUCUUAUUUAAAUACAAAAGGACAAUUGACAACUAACUAUAAUUGCAAUGAGGGGAUGAAUUCGCAUGCAUCCAGAAAUAAUGAGUCUUGCUUUACAGUCAUGUUAGAGGUAAUAUGAUUUAUACAAAAUAUGCAAAAUGCAAUGAUAAUCUAGUGAUUUUUAAAUGCAGUUCAAGUGGACAAAAUGAAUAGUACAGAUGAGUAUGAAAUUAACAUCAAUGUCUUGGUUUAUAUGAGAAAAACACACGUAGAUUGUAAUUGUUAGUUGUAGUAUGUAAUUUUGAAGUCCUAAGUGACUGCCAGUCUAUUUCAAAAAGUAAUACAAGAGUUUCCACUAAUUACAGUGGAGUAAUUUGUAGAACCAUGUCAUGGUGGUAGUGUAAUGACGUUAAUAUCCAACUAAAAGAUCUUAUUGUUAUUACUACCAUUAAUUAUCUUCAAUGUCUUCAACAAGCAUUACCAGAGGCUUCAAACUCUUUAACUUGCAAGCGAUCAGUCACACUUGUUGAGAUGUGGCCUUUGCAUACAUUUAGACAUUUAUUCCAUUGAUGUCACCAAACAGAAAACUCCCUUUUAAUGAUUUGAUUUUGGACCGUUUUUUUAACCCGAAUAGAGUUCCAGCAAGUAAAACACACAUGAAGGGCACUGCAAUUACGUUUGAUGGCAGUCCCGGAGUUAAGACUUCUCACACAGCAAUUCUCUCCACUCCUGGCCUGUGCACAGACAGGUUCGUCUUGUUAUUGACGCAAUUGGACUCAAAAGAAACAGUUAAGGCGCCGCAGGAAGGUUCAUGACCUUAAAUGCACCAUUGACUCAAAAAUAAAUGUUUUUUCUAGCUUAAUGUGCGUGUGCACUGAUGCAUUUCUUACCCAGCGGUGAGGGCAGUCACUCACUGUGUUUUAUGUCAGCUCCAUUUUCUGGCAGAGGCACAGGGCCCAUCCUGAAGGUGUCAGAGGCAACACACACUUUCCCCCCUGCUGUGAUCCUUGCUGUGCAACUUUAUUACAGUAAUAAUUCCACUGGCUAAAAAUGUCUGUAGUGUGCAGGAGUGUUUUUUCUGUGUGCAUUAUAACUCAUCACCUGAAGGGUAAUAGACACACACAAUGGACAUGCAGCUAUUUUGAGUCAGUAGAAAAGUCGAAGUAAACAUUGUCAAGAUUCUGCACAGUACUUAUAUUCUGUGAGUACUACUAAGAAAACCAGCAUUACCAUAUGUUUCCUUAAAGUUAUUAUAUAUGCUGAGCUAAUUUGAAUGCAUUUAGUUUCUUAUGAGAAUUAUGUAUCUGGUUUAUAUGUAAAAAAUGUCUGCAGACUGCAUUGUUACUUUAGCCGCAUUUUAUUUCAACUACCUAUCACAUGCACUGUACUGUAAGCUUCUGUUGUUUCGUAUGUUUCAAACUAUAUUUAUUGUUGUGACUUUUGCAGAGCUCAGCAUUUCAUAUGUAUUGUUUAGAUCACAAAUUAAAUUAUUGUUUGUUUGCAUCACUGAAAA